UGAAAAUUUUGGUUGAUUUUGAAAGAAAAAAGAAAAAAAGGAAAAAUUAAUAAAAAAACCUUAAUUAGAGCGAUCCUUUAAGUUUAAAAAUAAGCUGGUUGGCAAGUGAUCUGUGCAUUAUGAUACAAUAUUGAAUAAGAUAUAUAAAAGAUGUGCAGUUAAUCACAUAACGAAUAAAAAAAGAAAAAAAAUCGAGUUUAAAAUUAUUUGGAAAGUUGAAGUAACAUACAUAAAUAUCCCUAAAAAAUGGAAUCUGAUGAUAUGGAUUACUCAGAUGACGAUGAUUUAGACGAUGCAAUGGAUUAUUAUGGAAAUGAAGAUGAUAUCGAUAAUGUCGACCCGAAGAAAACAGAUCCAGAAUUCUUUAUGUAUGAAUGUCUUACAGUCGAUGAAGUGGAAAAGGUCCUGAAUGAGUCUGUCGAGAAACUUAGUAAUUCGCUUAAAAUCACACCGUCUUUAGCAAAGGUUCUUUUAAAUGAGCAUCGAUGGAAUUCAAACGAUAUUAUUGAUAGAUAUCGAGAUAAUGCUUCAAAUCUUCUAGUUAGUUCACGUAUAAAAUCAGGAAAUGGCAAGAAAGUGGCACAUGUUACACUAUUAUGUCCCGUAUGCAUACAAUCCCAUACUUUCGAUAAAUUUCAAAACCUUUCUUGUGGACAUUCGUUUUGUAAAAACUGCUGGUCAAUGCAUUUUGAGAUACAAGUUUCGCAAGGUAUAUCCACUCAAAUUCGAUGUAUGGCUGCAGGUUGUGAUGUUUUAGUUCCCGAAGAUCUCGUAUUAAGCUUAAUAAGUCGUCCUCAAGUUCGUGAUAAAUAUAACCAGUUCUCAUUUCAAGACUACGUCAAAUCUCACCCCGAGUUGCGGUUUUGUCCAGGCACAAACUGUCAAGUGAUUAUUAGGAGUCAAGACUUGAGUUCAAAGAAGGCUUCGUGCAAGACUUGCCAAACGUCCUUUUGUUUCCAAUGUGGAAACGACUAUCAUGCACCAACAAAUUGUGUUACAAUCAAAAAGUGGCUAACAAAGUGCGCUGACGAUAGUGAAACUGCCAAUUACAUCUCUGCCAACACUAAAGAUUGUCCAAAAUGCAAUAUUUGUAUAGAGAAGAAUGGAGGAUGUAAUCACAUGCAAUGUAUGAAUUGUAAGCAUGAUUUCUGUUGGAUGUGCUUGCAUGACUGGAAAAGUCAUGGUUCUGAGUAUUAUGAAUGUUCAAGGUACAAAGAGAAUCCAAAUAUCGCAAAUGAAAGUGCACAUGCUCAAAACUUAAUCCACUUGCAGGCUCGCGAGGCACUCAAAAAGUAUUUGCACUACUAUGAACGUUGGGAGAAUCACUCGAAAUCCCUUCAACUUGAGCAGCAAACAUUAGAGCGUCUAAAAAAUCGAAUAAACGAGAAAGUGAUGAAAGGCCUUAAUUCUACAUGGAUUGAUUGGCAAUAUUUAUUUACUGCUGCUACUCUUCUCGCAAAGUGCAGAUAUACGUUGCAAUACACUUAUCCGUUUGCUUAUUAUGCCUCUAUGGACCCAACAUCAUCAAGAAAAGAUUUAUUCGAGUAUCAACAAGCACAACUCGAAGCCGAAAUAGAGAAUUUAUCAUGGAAAAUUGAGCGAGCUGAAACAACCGAUCGUGGUGAAAUAGAGAAUCAAAUGGAUAUAUGUGAAAAGCGACGAUUAACGUUACUGAAAGAUUUCUUUCCCACCACGACAUCCGAUAUGAAUAGUUAAAGAUAAUUCUUUUAAUUCGCAUUAAAAUUAAUCGUUUAAAGCGUGUCUUUUUGUUUCAAAACUUUUUGAUUUUGACGAGAAGUGAAAAAAAAAAUUAUGUCCCACUUAUUUUUAGAAAAUGAACUACCUAAGUGUCAGGUGAUAAUUUGUUUUAUCGAUUUGAUAAAAUUUCUGCAGAGUUUGACAAUACAAAUUGGUAAAUUGGCAUGUUUGACAAAUCAAUCAACUCGUUUGCGGCCUGUCGAUUCCAUCAAUCGUCAACUCUGGAUUUAAAUUUACUUUUUGCAGAAACAAAACCUAAAUUUCGGAUUUUUAUAAUAAUUUAAAAUUAAAUGUAAUGUAAUGUCUAAUUCUAAAAGUGAAUGUGUAUUGUAAAUCCUUGUUCUAGAUUUAAAAGAUUUUUUUUUCAUUUUAAAACGCGAGGAUAAGAAAGAUUAGUUUAAUUUAUUAAAUAAAAUACAAUUUUGUCGUCCUAGGAAGUGCGACUGUUCUCAACAUUCAUUUUUUCGGCGGCAUUACUAGAUAUAUAAUAAUAUUUUAAAAAAUUGUGGAAUAAAAAAUGAAAAGAUUUUUAAUUGCAAAUUC